AAUGCCUCCAUGCUUGCUUCUACUCCGGAUUAAGCUCCCCGCACGUGCCCAUUGAUCGGUCGGCCCGACUUGACGCCGAAAUGUUUGUUUGCUUCAGCAUUGUUUGGCUGCUUUACCCUUCUGGGAAACUUAUUUAGCAUUCCAGUUAUCGUUCGAUUCGAUAUCAAUUGAAUCUCUGAUAAAAUUCCCACCGCCGCCACCGACAGUUGAAAUACUCCCCCGCGCCUGUCGCAACGGUCGCUACUAUCUACUACACUCCUCUCCACACUACUGGUGGUUGGAUUCAAUAGUACAUCCCCUUUGCAAAAUUAACCUAAUCAUCCACUCUGCGGCGGUACCUGCAUCAUGGUCACCUCGAAUACUCCCUUUAAACCGUCGCCGUUAUCGUUCGGCUCACCUCGUGCUUCUCCUUUCCGUCGUCCCUCUACGCCAAACUCUCCGCCUACAGGGAUUCGCCCUACCACACCGGGGAGUUCACCGAGCCGAGGAUACACGCCGGUAGUGUCUCCAAGCAAACUUAAUCAAUCAUAUACCGUUGAGCACGAGGAUGCGUCGCCGACUAGCAGAGAGCGAAUUCCGCAACCUCGGUUUUCUAGAGAGUCGCCAUCCGCAUCGCCGACUAGAGGGGCCGAUUCACCAGAUAGGUCACCGAGGGUGGGUGCCCGGGCAAUGGGCAUGACGGCCGGAUCGUCUGAUGCAGCUUCAAAACUAGCGCCGGCGCAACUCCGAGAAAUCCGAGAGGCUUUCCAGGUUCUUGACCGGGAUAAUGACGGAUCGGUGAACAAGGAUGAUGUCGCAGACGUGCUUGUGAAUGUCGGUCAAGAUCCGUCUAUGUUAUCCGACUUCUUCCCCCCGGGGAGCCCUGAAACCAUCAACUUCCCUACAUUCUUGAACAUCUUGUCCAACCUACUCGCUCCGUUAUCUUCGCGCCAAGAGUUAGUGAAUGCGUUGGCCGCUUUUGAUGAGGACGACAGCGGCCAGAUCAACGUGGGGGAACUUCGCGACGCUCUUUUGCACACGGCUCCGGAAGACGGAGAGGUUCCGCUCAGCGAACGAGAGAUCAAUGAAGUUCUGAAUGGGUUUACCGGGCGCAGGGCUUUUGGAGGAAAGAGCAGUAAGGGCCCUGGAGGAGGAAAGCGAGGGGAGGUAUUUAGAUACCCGGACUUUGUCGAUGGGGUUCUGGGAGGGACCCAGAAUGGACAAGCAAAUGGACGGCAGGAAGCUUGACGCUUGGAUUUACCGUUCAAUGAGUGGGUUCUGGCGUUAUCGGGACUUGAUGAUCAUUGUUUACAUAUAGCUCUGGAAGCUUUAUUCCACUUGUAUCCAUCUAUUUCUAGUACUUUUUUAGGUGGGACGACCCUGGAUAUGACGCGACGAGGUGCUACAAGAGACGUCUCAGAGUGGCAAAUUAAUACGAUCCUGUUGGUACCAAGAUAUAUAGG